ACCACUUCUGAGUUCUGACGCUCAUUCAGUUGUCAGUUGCCGUUGACGUAUGUCGUGUCGUUUAUAUUGCUAGACAAAUUCUAACAAUCUUAAUUUAAAAUCGAGUCAGUUGUAGAGGCUUGGGAAGUGAUGUUGGUCAGUGUAGUCCUGUGAUAGUAAAAUUCGUGUUAUGCAUGCCAUGAGUGAUCCAGCUGCCUUGGCAGGGAUGUUACCAUUCGAUUCUAUCGGAUUGUACGAGCAGCCGAAACCACGGUUCAUCUUCAAAAUGCCGCGUGUUGUUCCUGAUCAGAAAGCGAAAUUCGAGUCUGAUGAUUUGUUCAAAAGACUGAGCCGAGAAAGCGAGGUGAGGUACACGGGGUACCGCGACCGGCCGCCCGAGGAGCGCCAGAUGCGCUUCACGAGCGGCUGUCGCGAGGGCCACACGGAGAUCGCCUUCACCGGCACCGGCACCAACCUGCAGCUCGUGUUCGACCACUCGCCUUACAACAACCGAGGCUGCGACUUUCAGAAGGAAUCUGGAAAGGCCCAUAUUGUGUCCCGAUUUAUCAUGAACGGUGUCUGCGUGCGGUGGCGAGGCUGGAUCGACUUGGAGCGUCUGGACGGAGCCGGUUGCUUGGAGCUCGACGAGGAACGAGCUGCGAUCGAGGACGCCGCGUUACGAGACCAAAUAGAACGAUACAACCAACGGUUGAGGGACUUUGAGGAUAAGCAGCGUGCGUAUCGAGAGCACGGCGAGGAGCUGCGGGCUCACUCGCAAGUCCACGCGCAGCGCUGCCACCAAGCGCGCCAGCCGCCGCACCCCGCUCACCCGGCGCACCCGCACGCGACGCAUCCUGUCCACAUAAAGCCUCACUCCCAAGGCGCUCUUAUUUCGUAAGGACGAGCUCCACAAAUUCUGUGCAAUUUUUGUAUAGGUAUCAAUGUUUAGCCUAAUGUAAAUAAUACAAUAUCCAUUUAGCUUUUAGAACAAUGACAUUAUCGCAUACAGAUGUUAGGUUCAAAUUCAUAUUAGAUGGUGUUUAAAAUUCGUGCUCGCUGAUAACAAUAUAAUUAGUAAGACAGAAAUAAAACGCACGAGAGUAGAAGAGAUGACGCUCUUCAAUUAGUGUGACCUAGGUGUCGUAGUUUUAAUCUGCAUUUUUGAAGUUAGAUACAUGGAUAUGUUCUAAUUAAUAAUAAUUAGAAUUACGUAUCUAGCGUACGUAGUUAUAUAUUCUUUUUAAAGAAGUUACUAUCCCUAUUCCCUCCUUAUAAUUUAAAUUGGUAGGUACCUAACUCGAAACCAAAUAAGUAAAUCCGUUAUGAUACGUACUGGUUUAUCCUACUCAAUAGUUGAUGUAGAAGGAAUAAGGAUAACCUAUAGUUUUAAUGUAAGUAUGCCUACCCAUUGACCCUAUUCAAUGAAAAUCAAAAAAUAUGCGUCGCGCACUGCACUAGUCAAUUACCACUGGUAAAAUAAUGCUUCAUAGAUAUUUCAGUCUGAAUAAUUUAGCAAGAACUUCUGUUAAAAACUAGAUGACAGACACACCACUAGAGCAUUUCUCAGGAUGACUGUCAUCUCAUGUGCUAUUUUAUUUAAAUCUCAGUUAAAAAUAAAGUUUAGAGCCACAGGAAAUAGGUGACUGCAAACGUAAAGGCGCUUGAUAGUAAAAAUUACCUACCUACCUACAUAUUUAAUUAUUUUCACUAAAUAUUAUUACCUACCUACCUAUAACAGGCUCUACUAAUGUAUUUAACAUUUAAUAAUUAUCUACUUAUAUAAUAAUACCUGUACCUAUACCUACAAAUAUCUGUCUUUAAAUAGGUAACUUAACCUACUUGAAAUAACUAUUGAUUGGGAAUGUCAUUAGUUGAUUAGAUUGGCGUUGGAGAGUUUUGAAUAGGUACGUACCUAUCUACGUAGUUAAUAUAAUAAUAUACACAAUUAUAUAAUAUUUUAUUCAAUUGAAAUUAACCACCAUUAGUCUGGAAAAUGUUUUUUUCUUUAAUUUCCAUUCUAACCACUCGUUUAUACGUGUAAGAAGAGCUGGAAUAUUAUGUUAAUACUGCAUACUUAAUUAUGUUCACUUGGUAUUAGAUAUAAUGUUACUUAAUUUUAAGAUUUUUUAUUUAAUGUAAAGUAGGUACCUCACUGCCUAUACCUAAAUAAGUAUCCUAAACUUAUUAUGUGUAGUAGCUAGGUACAUGCAAGAAUUGUGAUAAUCAUGUAAAUAAAUCUUUACAAUUUCUUUU